AUGACAGAAAAUAGAGAGGAGAAGAAGUUUGUGAUCAAGCAUGUUUUUGAAGAUGUUACAAAACUACAAUAUGAUAAAGUGCUUUAUGGAGAAGAAGAAAAACACUUUGGAAUUUUCUGGAAGCUCCGUCUUUGUUUCGAGGUUUUUAAUGGUAUUCCAUAUUUAUGCGUAUAUUUGAAAUUUCGAAAAUCGGAAGACGUUGUCGGAAGCGAAUGGUCGAUAGAAUUCGAAGUGGACUCAGAUUUGUACAGAGAUUCAAAAAUUAAAAAUAAAACACACUCGAUUUCCGGAACGUCUGAGAAAGUUAUCGACUUGAUUCAGAUUUCCUACAUUAACCUGCAAGAAUAUCUGUUCAAAGGAAACCUGGAAGCAGAAUUCCACGUGACAAUCAAGAAAAUGACAGGAAUCAAACUUCCGAAGCUGAGAAAUUUUGAUGAUGACGUGGCGAAGAAGUUCUCAGAUGUCUAUAAACCGCUGCUGAAGUCGACAAAAAUGACAGAAAAUAGAGAGGAGAAGAAGUUUGUGAUCAAGCAUGUUUUUGAAAAUGUUACAAAACUACAAAAUGAUAAAGUGGUUUAUGGAAACGAAGAAAAACACUUUGGAAUUUUCUGGAAGCUUCGUUUUUGUCGGAGGGUUUUUGAUGAUAUUUUAUGCGUAUGUUUGGAAUUUCGAAAAUCGGAAGACGUUGUCGGAAGCGAAUGGUCGAUAGAAUUCGAAGUGGACUCAGAUUUCUACAAACCUCAUGUGUUUAGGAAUAAAAAAUACUUGAUUUCCGGAACGUCUGAAAAAGUUAUUUGUAUGGUUCAGAUUAACUACAGUAACCUGCAACAAUAUCUAAUCAACGUAAGCCUUGAGGCAGAAUUCCAAGUGAUCAUCAAGAAAAUGACAGGAUUCGAAAUUCCGAAAUUCAGAAUUUUUGAUGAUGACGUGGCGAAGAAGUUCUCAGAUGUCUGUUUGUUGAAAAAGUGUCUGUCGGAACUGAAAACCACCGCUGAAAUUCGUGAAUUGGUUCCAGAAAAUGCUCAUGAUUUCGGGCCAGAUGUCUGGAAAGAGCUCUUCUUAAAAGCCUAUUCUGCUCUAUAA